GACGCAGCCAAAAUUCUGUCCCAGAUCAGUUGAGAACCAAGGACUGCUCUGCAACAUGACACUAGUGGGUGUGUCUCGUGUUGUCCCAAGCGGGAAAAUCUACCGCCAGAUCUUUGAUGAUGAGAUAAACCUUGUGCGUACUCUUGGGGAGGCAAGAAGCAAGCUAGCCCAGCACAAAUCCCCACAGAAUCCUGGAAGGAUCCCCUUGGUGAGACAUUCGGAAAGAUGUUCUGGCAACGGGUUUUUAUCGCACCGUCAGCAGAUGUGGGUUGAGGGAAUGCCCAACGAUGACUUCACUGAAAAUCCUGUUUUGUACAAAGAAGCCACAAUGUUGGCAUUACAAAAGGAACAAGAAAGCGAGAACAUGGUUGCUGCUCGAGAAGUCAGAGGCCUUGCAGAAGUUAUUAUUCCUGAGAAGAAGAGCAGUGACAUCAUUGAACGACUCUCAAAGGCCAGGAAGCGCCGCCAUGAAGAUGCCGUGGCAGCUCUAAGGCAGGACCUAGCAAGCGUCGGGAGGGAAAGGGAGCUGAGCAUUCUGGAGCCUGGGAAAUUGUUUUUGACUAAGUUAGCAAGGUCUGAUAAAAACAUCGAGUGCCUUUUCCAAAGAAUUGAAAACGACUCCAGCUUCGAGAGUUACAGCAUGCAGGACUUUGAAGAGGUGUGGGAUCUUGUCUCCCGGGAGACCUUGCAAAGAAAGCAGUGGAUUAGAGAACUGGAUAGAGCCUUACACAAGGCUGAAGCAGCUCGGACAGAACUGAUCAAAGGCAUGUUGAAAAAAUAUACCAAGAUUUUGGAAGAUACUGCCUAUCUCUUACCAUCUGAUGUCCACAGGUUCAUACACAAUGAAGCCAUGAUGAUAAACCAAGCUCUGCUGGCUAAUAGGAGAGCAAUAGCCAGGCUGUUUGUUAAUCUGAUGGAAGCUGACCUGAAAAAGGAUGUCUUCUUCCGGCGCAAACUGGAGGAGGGGAUACAGAUCUGGAAAACCACGCAGAAACAGUUUAUAGCUUGCAGUUUCAGAAAAUUCAUGGAAGAUGAAAGAAUACAGAAUCCAAGCAUUGUGAAAAAGGAGCUGAAGAACAUGCUAAAAGAUCAACUAUCACUCAGUGAGAAGAGGAUGGCACUUCUAUAUUCUCUUGGCAAUUUAUUGCCUCUAACACAUUCAAAGGCUGAGAUAAAUGAAUGCUAUGAAUCUACUGUGGCUCUAAAUAAACGUAUAGAUACCCACAACGUGCAAUACAUGAUGAGAAUUCGUAUCCAGUAUGAGAAGGUUUGCCAGGAAUGUUUAUCAUAUGUGCAGGAGUGCAAGAAAAAACUGCUGGAGAAGAGAAUUUGUACUGAAGAAGAGGCUGAAAAAAUGAUCAACCCCAGUUUUUUCCAGCUAAUUGGGAAGGUGCAGAGGCGGUUUGAAAAUGAGGUGGAAAUGAUGGAUAAUGACUUUGAACAGCUGGCUAAACACACAGAAAUCAAUUGCAGGCACCUUUACCAGUAUUUCCAAGAUGCUCUUGUUCUCUGGGAUGUACAUCAACGCAAUCUCACUCAAGAGGAGAAUGACCUUCACAGCAAACUGAAUGACUUACGGAACAAGCAUGAAAAUAUGAACAAGUUAAGAGAAGUUAACCUGGACAUAUCAAUUGACAAAUUAAGGACCCAAAGCUCUGAUGAAAAACUGAAGGCCCAGCUGGAAAAAGUUUAUGCUGUGUUGGACUUCAUUCGAGCUGGGUAUGAAGCCUUCCAUCAUGAUCUUGAGACAAAAAUAACAGCCUACCCACAGAACGUUUUGAAAGAAUUGAUUUUCUACAGUGCCCUCAUCAGCCAGUAUUUUAACGUAAAGGAGACCUACGAAGGGAAGCCAAUAAGAAAGGCCAGUGUGGAAGAGGAGGAGGAGGAAGAGGAAGAAAUGGCUGCGGAUGCAGACAAGGCUGAAGAUGCUGGGGAGAUCCCAGGGAGCUUGGAGAGUCUCCUGGAACAUGAAAGCAAAGAUGGAGAGCAACACAGUGAGAGUGCUGAAGAGCAGGCUGAGCAUAAGGCAGCUACUGAAUCUGAGCAGGAGAAACUGGGAGAAAUGGAGAGCUUUCCUCCAGAAAGUGGCAGAACAGAGUCUUGGAUGAGUUUGGGCCUAGUGAGCAAUAUGACAGAGAAAUCUGAAGAAGGGAGUGAAGUGCGGGAGGAUGGAGAUGUCUUGGAGACAGCAGAGAUGACAGCACCCACACUGGGCAGUGAACUAACAGAGCCAUCAGAAAGGAUUUUGGAGUGCUUCAACACUUCAAGUGGAAACACGUACACAGUGCUUGAACAUACUGGGAGAUGGAAGACCAAGAAAUCUGAGAAAUACUAUGUUGGGAAGCUGAAAGAAGAUACACUUCCUUUGUACCUGCAGCAAGUGUUCCUCUCUCAAAUCUUCAUUGAAAAUGUGAGAAGACAAAUCCGUCUGCAGUUCUUCGAGCAUCUGGAGAAGUGGUUUGCUCAGUCCUUGUCCACGUCAUGGACCAUCAUGGCCUCCAAGAAGGAGGAGUUAAAUGCGGAACUGCAGCUGCGCAUUCACCUGCAUGAGCCGAGGCGGGAACGCAUCGAGAAGGAUGUUUUCUACGUCAGGAUGGCGGAGCUGCGGUUCCACAAGGAACGUCUGGAGCGCCACUGCGCUGGGGUGUUGGAGGCUUUGAACCAAGAAAAAGCCGCCUUUCAGAAGCUUAAGGAAAGCCAGAACCAACUCAGCAAAAACUUCCGACAGAGAAUCCAAGACAUGGAAAUCAUCUUCUUGACGGAGAGCUGCGCGGAAAAGUUGUUGUCUCUCAGCAAUAAUUUGCACAUGGAGCUGCUCAACCAUGUGGAAGUGAUACAGGUCUCCCUGCGGAGUUACAGGCAAUACUUGGAAGAGGCUCUUGGGAAGCUGCGUGAGGCAAAUACCGACUUCCUCAAAGCGUGCAGAUUUUUCUCAGAAGGGGGUAACUUUUCCCCAGAAGAGCUGGAUCGCUUUACCAAGGGUCUGCAGAAGGAAAAUGGGCGCAUUGACUUUGUGGAAGGCUUGAUCAUGAUUGACAUGGAGAAAAUGGAGUCCAGCCACUUGGAGCAGGCUACGGAGAUUAUCGGCAAGUUUGAAAACAAGUUUCAUUACCUAGCUGUGGAUCGAGUCUUCAUAGAGAAAAUCCAGCGGUUUAUGACAAACAUACAAGUGAAAAUCAAGUUGGAGGUGGAAAAGUCAAAUGUGCAGAAUCAGACGUUAAACUCCCAUUUGGAGAAGCUCGUUAGCAGAAUUGAUGCCUGUGCCCAUCCCAAUGUGGAUAAGGAAUCCAUCACUUCUGAAGAGCUGUACGAGUCUGCCAGGUUCGUGAUGGAGAAGAUGAAGGAAAGAAGCAAGUAUCUCAACUGCUUGCUGGGACUGGACUUUGCGUUGCCUCCGCCAGAAGCCUCUACCCAAAGCUCCACUGGGGGCCCAAGCCAGUCAGGCAGUUUCCAACAGGACGGGAAGGCAAUUGUGAUGGGCGUUCAGUGCACACCCUUGAUGACGCCAAGCAGGAUGGGGAAGGCAGCCUUGGAUGAUGCAGCAAUUGGUGUGAUCAAGCAGCUCACUGGAAUGCAGCGCUCCAAAAAAACUGCAGACCAGCAACAUGAAAAAGAAGACCGCCUGCAGUUGGGGGCAGGAGGUAGUGGCACCGGAGGAAGUGGAGCUGGAGGAGGAAGCAGCAGUGGUGGAGGAGGAGUGCUUUAUCCAAUUCCAACAUUCCCAGCUGUCGCCUCCGGAACUUCCCGUGGUGAACCCAUUGCAAGCCCUGCCGGUCAGAACACCAUGUCUGUCUCAGCAAAAAAAUCGAUUUCCUUUAGCAAGAGGCUCUCGGUAGCUGGCAGCAACAACUCCAUACAGAAAUACAUUAAACAAACUAAAGGAGACAAGAAAUUCUUAAUCUUUGGGGACAAGCCAAAAGACUCUGAUUACACCCACUUUAAAGGGAUUAUCUUCUGUAUUGUCUGGGACAACUUUGAUGUUCUGAUGACUAUUGCUGAGGAUUUCUACAAAAAGGACAAGCAUCAGAUCACAAGGCCAGAAUACCUGCAAGAAACCUAUGACCAGUGUGUCGAUGUGAUGGGACAGAAGCUUCUGCUGUAUUUAGAACAGACUGAUGAUUACCAUAAUACCUGCAUUUCUGAGUUCCGGGAUCAGCUGAGGAGGUUUGAGGGGCUGCUCCCUGAGAUUGCCCAGCUGCUUACUGGGAAACUUUUAAAAGAUCAAGAGCAACUCCUCAUAGAUUCCACAGAGCAGAUCCGGCGCGAUUUCCAGGAACAACUGCAAAAAUGGGACAUUGUGAAGGACAAGAACAAGAAUAAACUACGCCCAACUCUGGGACAUCCAGACAACUUACCCCAGUUGCAAAUUUUGUGCCAAGAGGAGGAAGAAAGACAGAACGAACAAACAGAUGGGAUCCAUCUCUGCACCCAGAAACUGAAGGCCUGCGCCAUUGAGUGUGCCCAGAGAUUCAUUUCCACGUUGGCCACCUGCACUGAAAAGAUCCUUAUGGAGCUUGACGACAGCCUCACCGUUGACGAUGUGCAGAUGGGAAAAACAGAGACCCCGAGGGAAAAGACCAGCACCCUGAUCCGCCGUAAAAAAGCUGGCCUUUCCUUAGCCGUGGAAGAAUGUAAGCUGCUAGCCGAACGUGGAAGCAGGACCUGGCCUGGAAUCCCAAGAACGACGCUGGUGGGCCUCCCAGAUCAAAUCCUCUGCCAAGAAACCGCUGCCAUAACAACCACCAAGACAACUCUGGGUCACGUGGCUGCUGUCAAAGAGAGAGAUGCUGUUUACAUGAAAUUCAAACAAGUGCUUGAAGCAGAGUUCGCCAGAAUUAAGGAGGGAAGCACGGCCCACCUGAUGAAGGCCCAGCACUGGGCAGACUGGUGGAAGAAAUCAGUGCAGAAAAUCAAGCAACUGUACUCCUGAACACGGCACCCUGGCGUUGACCAUGUCUUCUUCACGCCUUUGUCAGCAACAUAACUGUUUUUUAAAAGUUUGAAUUCAGAAAAGGGUUAAUUGGAA